AUGAACGGCCCUAAAAAAGAAAUUCCAGUUUGUGAAAUAUGUCAGCAAUCGGCCAAUCAAACAUGCGGAGGCUGCAAGCUGGUGUACUACUGUUCCAAGGCUCACCAGAAGCUAGGGUGGCGCGAAGGUCACAAGUUCAAAUGCUGCGCCUUCAAAGUUCAGUUCUCAGACACGUAUGGCCGCCAUAUGGUAGCUACGAGGGACAUCAAGCAAGGAGAAAUGAUUCUGAAAGAAAAACCCGCCAUCAUUGGACCAAGAAUGUCGACUGCACCACAUUGCUUGUCCUGCGGAAAGAAAUUGCAACCGAUGAAGAUCAAAGACGUUUUCGACUUCUAUAAGUGCAAGUCAUGCAACUGGCCAAUGUGUGGGCCUGAAUGUGAAAAGGCUGAUAUACACAAGUCAGAAUGCAAGGUGAUGACUGAUAGGAAUUACAAGUGCACCAUUAAAUAUGAACAAGCAGAUAAAGCGGAAGCAGCAUACUGCGUUAUAGCACCUCUCAGGGUGUUGUUAAUGAGGGAAUCCAACCCCAAGCAGUAUGAGAAUAUUAUGGCCCUCGAAUCCCAUCUAGAAGAUCGCAUUAAUACACCUCUGUAUGUCAUUCUGAAAGCUAAUUUAGUGACUUUCAUAAUUCAAGUUCUCGGGUUACCAUUUGACGAGGCGACCAUACUGACAGUAGCGUCGAUAUACGAUACUAACGCUUUUGAUGUACGGUGUCUUGAUGGAACAAAAAGAUUGAGAGCUAUUUAUGUAACUGCAUCGAUGAUGAACCACAGUUGCAAGACCAACACGCGUCAUAUAUAUUUAGGUGACGAUUAUAACUUAGCAGUUAUUGCAACUGUGCCAAUUUCUAAGGGUGAAAUGAUAACGGCGACUUACACUCAAACUUUGUUAGGUACUUUGGAUAGACGAAAGCUUUUGCGGACAAUUAAAUGCUUUGACUGUGAUUGUGACAGGUGUAAGGAUCCAACGGAAUUCGGCACUUAUAUCGGUAGUAUUUAUUGUUCAAUUUGUAAUAGACCUUUUAGUGGAGGACCAGAGAAGCGACCUAUGCUUAUAUCCUCGAAUCCUUUAGACGAAGCUGCUCCGUGGAAAUGUGAAAAAUGUGAUCAUUUCAUUUUAAGUAGGCAAAUGUUUUGGGGGAACAAUGCCCUGUCUCAGGAAUUGAAGAAACUUAAAAAGGACGAACCCAAAGAGUUCGAGGAAUUUAUAGAGAAAUAUAGCCAAGCACUACAUCCUAAUAAUCAUUUGGUGGUGCAAGCCAAGUUGGCUCUUCUGCAAAUUUACGGGAACCAAAAAGGACACGCGUUGUCAGAAUUAUCAGACCACUUGCUGAAGCGUAAGAUCGACCUGUGCCACGAUCUCCUGGAGGUGGCAGAUCAGCUUGAGCCAGGAUGGUCACGGUUCCGGGGUACCUUGCUCUUGGACCUGCAAGCCGUGAUGGCUGUCCAGACGAAGAGAGAGUACGAGGCCGAAAAAAUAACAAGAGAAGGUGCCCAAGAUCAACUCAUGGAAAGCAUGACGCUACUUCAAGAGGCAGCAAACAUACUGAGAGUGGAGCCCGAAAUGCGACCAACUUUAGAAGCAAAGAUUCAAGCCUUAACACAACUAUUGGAAAGCACAGAAUGA